AUGUUGUUCGGAGAAUGGCAAGCCAUGGAAAGCACGCAGUCAGCUCCUGUCAUCACUCGACCAGAACGCGACACAUUCCAAUUGGAGAUCCAAGGCAUUGUGCAUGCGUUCAUUGCCUUGCCAGCUCAGUUGAGAAAAGCGUGUAGUGAGGACGUCGAGAACCUGCCUGUUCUUGGGGCGUUGUACGCGUACACCUUCACACAUCUUCAUCUAUGCGCUCCAGAGAAACGAAGUCUUAUCGACGAACUCGAAAACCUAAAGGCGUGGUUGAUAAGAGAAGACGAUGCCUGUCUUUCGAAUCUGAAGACUAUGAAAGAUGAGCUUGUCCACAUUCUACAUAGGUCACAAGUCGAGAAGCACGUUUGCAAUACUGGCCUGAUCAACGAUAAGACGUUACACGACCUCGACAUCAACAACAUAGGAGCGUUGAUUGUCGAUCAUACAACAUCGAACGAGCUCGCCCGCGCUUUCUACGCCGAUGACAAUGCACAGUUCAUGGUUGAGAUACUGCAGAAUCUACUUACGGCCCGGUCUGAAAUCCUGAAAAAAUAUAGAAUGUAUCUGGUGAAUGCUGUGUUCAAACUUUCCAGGAAAUCUGGACGGUUCCCACAGAGUUUGCAACUUCGUUGCAUUCAGGACAUAAAACAUACCGAUUUUUGUGGCGGAUUUGGCUUGAUCUAUCAAGGCAAGCUAAACGGCCGUCUUGUUGCUGUGAAAAAGGUGCUAGAGGGUCGUCGUUCCCCAGAACAAUUUCAUAAAUCAUUUUCUAAUGAGGCGGUGAUCUGGUACCAUAUGCGACAUGAUAAUUGUCUUCCGUUCUAUGGCGUAUACGUCUUUGAUGACGCGUGGUGCCUGGUAUCCCCCUGGAUGACAGAUGGUCAUGUGAAUCACUAUCUUAGGGGACAUCCUGAUGCUGACCGGUAUCCACUGAUCCUGGAUGUUGCACGCGGCCUGAAGUACCUGCACUCAAUGGAGCCAGCAGUGAGUCAUGGCGACCUGAAAGGCGUCAAUAUCCUGAUAACGUCUUCUGGGCGUGCAUGCAUCGCGGAUUUUGGAAUUGUAACAGCUCGAGACUCUCGUAUUCAAAUGACGACAACAACAUCUGGUGUCAUAGGAACGCUUCAUUUUAUGGCUCCAGAACUUCUGAGCGCAGACAGUGCAGCUGAUCUCCUGAAGGUGGACAGAAGGCGGUGCGAUAUGUAUGCAUUGGCUUGCGUCUGCUAUGAGAUGUUUACAGGGAUGUACCCGUUUCAAAACCAGGGGAACUUGAAUCUCAAGGUCCUGGUGCUACGGGGACAACGGCCGGAGCGGCCACGUGAAGUUCACCAAGUGUUAGACGACUUUAUGUGGAGUCUCAUAGAAGCCCUGUGGGAACAAAACCCGAGAGACCGACUAACAGCAGAACAAGUGUGCGAGCGAGUCUCUCAGAAGAUGGAUGCCGAGAGGAAAGAUACCGAGCGCCCAUCCACCGAAGUGGAGUGGGAUGUAGGUUUUCUGGCUGAUGCCGCCAUGACGAUGGUGGCAGAAGAUCCUUUCGCGCUUGCGCAUACGUAG